ACCGCAGAGCUCGGCAGCUGGUCUUUAGAUGAGGAAGCGUAGGGCAACAAAGUUACCAGAUGGUUGUUUUUGCAGACAAUAACCAUUCAAAAAAUUAUCUUUAAUAUCGACAACGGACUUUAACGGCAUCAUUGACAAAUAAGCUCUGACCACAGAAGCAGCUGAUACUGUUGAAUACUGCAAAGAUGCCUGUUCUCUCAGCACCCACUGAUAUCGGCAGCUCACCCCCUUCUCCAGUGGACAGCAGUCCCAGGAGACUGUCCUGGGGCAAAAUGGUGCAAAGAUUGGCUGAUUUCAGCACAUCUGCCAAUAACAGCAGUAUUGAGUCGGAGUCCAACAAUGGCAGCAGGAGUGAUCUCUCAGACUCGGGGUCAGAUGUCUCCAGUGACCUGUCUCCCUCCAAUGAUGACCUGUUUUAUGAUCCAAUGGAGGAGACCAUCCUGAAAGAAGUAGUUGACCUUAUUGCAGGAACCCUGAGAGAAGCCAAAGACUCAGACUGCGCCUUAAGAUGUGCCAAACUGCUCAUCCCUGAGAAACUUCUGGAGCACAUCGGACAGGAGCUCCUUCACCUGGCAGCGAGCGAGCCCUGCGGCUUAAGAGGGGCUCUCAUAGACCUGUGUGUGGAGCAAGGGACCGUCUGUGAGAGCAUGGCACAGUUAUCUGUGGACCCCUAUCUAGUCCCCACCUUUCAGCUGACUCUGGUGUUGAGGCUGGAGUCUGGUGGGCUGUGGCCUAAGAUCCAAGGACUUUUUAGCACAAAGUCUCCUUCCACUCCAGUAGUGAGACACGCUAUUAAACUUGGCACUGGUUUCCGAGUGAUCAAGAAGAAACUGUACUGCUCUGAAGAACUGCUCAUUGAGGAAUGUUAAGAAAUGUAAGGGACUGUCGAUGUUUUGUUUUUAAAACGCCCAUUUAAGCUCACAGAAGGGCCUUAUUAUUACUAUAACUACAUGUAUAUGAUGCCUUCAGAAGUGUAAAAGGAUGGACUUUGUCAUGAUGUAGCCUAUUGUUCCUACUGUAAGGGAGUUUAUGGUACCUGGAGCAGGUGUUGCUUUUAAAAUGUACAAUGUGUAACCAUCAUGAUAUGAAGUUUAAAAAAAAAAAAAGGCAUUUUGCGAGUAUUGAAGUGCGUACCUCAGUUUCUAUUGAAACGUACAACGGCAGCUAGCUAUGAUUAUUGUCAUUGAAGACCAUUGUGUUUUUUCUUUUUCUUUGUAUACAUGGCAAUUCAUUAUAAUGUACACCAAGUGAUGAAUUGUACGUCAAGCAAAUGAUUAGGGACCCUAGUGGCUUGAAAUCCAGAGCAAAAGCUUACCAGCGCUUGCAUUGUGCAGUCUAUGUGCAAGCUACGGCUAAGAUUUCAAAUGUAACUUGACCUUGUGUGUGUGUGUGUGUGUGUGUGUAGCUCUGUCCUGCUUUCAAUUUUAUUUAUUUGACAUUCAAAUACUCAUAACAUUGCACUGUUUUUGUACUUUCACGACUGCAAAUAAAUUAUUUUUUUUAACAA